CAGCAGACAAGAGCCGGGCAGGAGGACAUGGCCACUAAGCAGACGGGAGCAAGGCCUCAGGUGUCAGUGACAUUUGAAGACAUAGCUGUGCUCUUUACUCGGGAUGAGUGGAGAAAGCUGCAUCCGUCUCAGAGAAACUUGUACCGGGACGUGAUGCUAGAGAACUAUAGCAACCUGGUCUCGCUAGGGCUCCCAUUUACCAAACCAAAAGUGAUCUCCCUCCUGCAGCAAGGAGAAGACCCCUGGAAGGUGGAAAAAGAAAGUUCUGGAGGCUCCUGUCCAGGAUGGAAGAACAAUCAUAAAACCACAAAGUCAACUCAAACACAAGACAAUUCAUUUCAGGGACUGAUGGUGAAUAGAUCUAAAAGGAAUGGGUCCUGCGACUUGAAAUCAGAAAAAACUUGCAUGUAUGAAGGCAAAUUAGAGAAAAAGGACAAAAAGGAAAAUAUUGAGAUAGUUUUAGUAACUCACAGAAAAAUUCUCACUGUAGAAAGAAGUCAUAAAAAUGGGGAAUUUAGCCAAAACUUGUGUCCAAAGUCAGACCUUGGCAGGCAAAAAGUAGUUCCCAGAGAUAAAACCUCAUCAAAAUGUGAAAUACAAGGAAAAAACUUCAAACGGAUUUCAGACUUAUGUAAUCAACCAAAAAUCACAGCAGAGAAACGCUAUAAAUGUAGUAUGUGUGAGAAAACCUUUAUUAACACCUCAUCCCUUCGCAAGCAUGAAAAAAACCAUAGUGGUGAGAAAUUAUUCAAAUGUAAAGAAUGUUCAAAAGCCUUUAGCCAAAGUUCUGCUCUUAUUCAACAUCAAAUAACUCAUACUGGAGAGAAACCUUACAUAUGUAAAGAAUGUGGGAAAGCCUUCACUCUCAGCACUUCCCUUUAUAAACAUCUAAGAACCCAUACUGUGGAGAAAUCCUACCGAUGUAAAGAAUGCGGUAAAUCCUUCAGUCGACGGUCAGGCCUUUUUAUACAUCAAAAAAUCCAUGCUGGAGAAAACCCGUAUAAAUACAAUCCAGGCAGGAAGGCUUCUAGUUGCAACACAUCCCUUCCAGGAGGUCAAAGAAUUCAUUCCAGAAAGAAGACAUAUUUAUGUAAUGAAUGUGGCAACGCCUUUAAGUCUAGCUCAUCCCUGCGUUACCAUCAGAGAAUUCACACUGGAGAGAAGCCUUUUAAGUGUAGUGAAUGUGGCAGAGCCUUCAGUCAGAGUGCAUCUCUUAUUCAGCAUGAAAGGAUUCACACUGGAGAAAAGCCCUACAGAUGUAAUGAAUGUGGAAAAGGCUUCACUUCUAUUUCACGGCUUAAUAGACACCGAAUAAUUCAUACCGGAGAGAAGUUUUACAACUGUAAUGAAUGUGGCAAAGCCUUAAGUUCCCACUCCACACUUAUUAUUCACGAGAGAAUUCAUACUGGAGAGAAACCAUGCAAAUGUAAAGUGUGUGGGAAAGCCUUCAGACAGAGUUCGGCCCUCAUUCAGCAUCAGAGGAUGCAUACUGGAGAAAGACCCUAUAAAUGUAACGAGUGUGGGAAAACGUUCCGAUGUAACUCGUCCCUUAGUAAUCAUCAGAGAAUUCAUACUGGAGAAAAACCUUAUCGAUGUGAGGAAUGUGGGAUCUCUUUUGGCCAAAGUUCAGCUCUUAUUCAGCAUCGAAGGAUCCACACGGGAGAGAAACCCUUUAAAUGUAAUACGUGUGGGAAAACUUUCAGACAGAGUUCAUCACGCAUUGCACAUCAGAGAAUUCAUACUGGAGAGAAACCCUAUGAAUGUAACACGUGUGGGAAACUCUUCAAUCACAGAUCAUCCCUUACUAAUCACUAUAAAAUCCAUGUUGAAGAGGACUAGAAAAUAGAUUUGCAUGUGUGAAAAUCGUAAACCAAAGCUCAUGAGAGAUACACGUUAAGUGUAAUGGAUAUGAAAUUCUGUUAUUAUUUAGUCCUCAUCACAUGUUAAAUUUCACAGAUAAACCUUGACUGCAUAAUAGAUUAGAGGAAAGUGUCCAUGCCUUUCAGACUCUGAAAAAUAACCUGGGAUGAAGAAGUCACAUCCAGAGGCUUUGACCAUGGGCAUCUGUAAAGUGAAAGACGUCUGCUUUCCAUUCUGCAGCGGUGCGUGCUAAACACAUGUGGUCAUAAACAUUGGAGUGGGUGGGGAGUAUGUUCUGGAUUUCUUUUCUGAAAACAUCAAACUAUACACUGGUAAUAUUUUUUAUAACUGACAGUAGCAUAUGAGAGAAUUGAUCAAAUAAAUUAUACAUUUUUUAGAGAAAAGGACCAAAAUAAAAGCUAAACAUGAACAGUAAACUACCUCUCAGGCUCUGAGGUUUGUCCUUUUCCUGACCUAAUGGUAAACUUUGUGCAUGAAUUUCAUUAAAAACACAAAAAGUAAUAA